GGCGGAGAAUGUAUCAUCAUGCAUGGUAAUGCUGCGGGAGCUCUGCAUUCCUCCUUGUCCUCGUCCUCAUCGUCCUCCUUUACAAUGUGGGUGUUUGGGUGUGUGAACCUCCGUGACGACGAGAGGACAAGAAUUGUACGUGACCUCAUAAUUUUCCUUUAUUUUUGGAGUGCAUGGGAUGCUCGGAACUGCGUUUCCGCCCAUAAUCGGAGGAUAGAAGAUGAAGAAGAAUUUGCUGUUGUUUUACCCAUGAUCACUCUUACCGUGUUGGGAAUUUUCCCAUUUCCGCACAAUUGUCGGGCGAUGCUAAUGUCGAGUUCAGGGGUUUGAUUGAUUGAUUGUUAUGUAGCACAGCGUGAGAAGCCCUAGAAAAAAUGGAGUUGGGCACUCCAGAUUACUACCUGAAUGGGGAGAGCAUGGCAGGGAAUUCUCUCUUCAAGAUUAGACGGAUUCCAUGGGCCCUGAUAUUCAUGGAAUGAAGGACAUGGAUAGGGAUGUAGCUGAAGGGGAUGAACUGGACAAUGAUGAUGGUUCAACAUCUGCCGGGGACUAUGGCAACCUUGCACUGCGAAGAGUGGGCGGGCAGAAUCCGGAGCACUCCAUGACUGUGGACAGCGAGGAGUCUCGUUCACCUUAUGGAGUGCUUACAUUAAAUGACGUCAGUCCCAUCGAAUCAACAAGAGCUCGCUUCUUGCAGCUUAUUAUUGAUUACUUCAUAAAGUAUCACAUUAUCUCGGCUGCGGAGGCACAUGAAGCCCACUCUUACAGCUCGAACGGGAAGGAUAAGUUGACGAAGCGAAAAUCUAGGGAUGUUCAGUACGAAGGGGGCCAUCGGUACUUGCUGCCUUUGACCUUUUUGGCGAAUCUAUACGAAACACUAAUUCGGGAAAUAAAUCAGCGGUUGGCAGCCGUUGAGGGUCUUCAAGAGAGAACUUUUGGAGCGGCACUUGAAGCAGCUGGUGGACUGUACAGAAGGCUCGUGAAGAAGUUUCUCAAAUCAGGUAUCCCUUACCCGCGCAGCAUCCGGAGCAUUCUGUAUUAUUUUAAUUCAUACAGAAUUAUUGAUGUUAAAUAUUUAAGGACAUUAGACAAAUGUGAAUUUAGUAUGGAUAUGAAUGAAAAAUGGAUGUUAGGUAACCUCAUACUAGAGAAUAGAAUGUUCAUAUAAUGUAGAUAGGUUUUAGUGCACUGCAAUCUCAUAGCACGUGAAGGAUUCACUUUAGAACUAUGGUGUAAUAUAUUUAUUUUAACAUUGGUGGUUGAACAUU